AUGAUCGAACCCAUUGGGAAUCAGUACAUUGUGGCGAGGCCAGUAUAUUCUGCAAAUGCUUUUGGGGAAGAAUACAAGAAGAAACACAGAUAUCAUAAGACAUUUCUGGAUCAUCUCAAAGUGUGUUGUAGCUGUUCCACACAAAAGGCCAAGAGAAUUGCCCUCUCGUUGUUCCCCAUAGCAACUUGGUUACCAGCAUACCGGAUAAAAGAAUGGCUCCCCAGUGACAUUGUUUCUGGAAUCAGCACAGGGCUGGUGUGUGUACUACAAGGUUUAGCAUAUGCUCUGCUUGCCACCGUCCCCCCAAGCUACGGGUUAUAUGCAGCCUUUUUCCCGAUCAUAAUCUACUUUUUCUUGGGCACUUCUAGACACAUAUCUGCAGGUCCAUUUCCAGUUCUGAGUGUGAUGGUGGGAACAACAGUUGCAAGAUUAACCUCAACGGCCAGUGCAGGUGCUAUGAAUUCCUCUACCAAUUCAACGAGUGAUUAUUCGUCAUCAGACGAACGUAAGGUGAUGGUGGCUGCAACAGUCACAAUUCUUUCUGGAAUUAUCCAGUUGAUCAUGGGGAUUCUGCAGAUCGGAUUUGUGGUGAUAUAUCUAUCUGAAUCUCUAAUCAGUGGCUUCACCACAGCUGCUGCUGUUCAUGUUUUGGUUUCCCAACUCAAAUUUAUUUUUCAGCUACAGGUCCCAGCAUAUGCUGAACCAUUUUCACUUUUCAAAGUACUAACUUCCAUAGUCACACAAAUAGAGAAGACUAAUAUUGCAGACCUUGUGACAUCCUUGAUUAUCCUCUUCAUUUUAUUUGUGGUUAAAGAAAUAAAUCAGCGCUACAAAGCCAAACUUCCAGUGCCCAUUCCGAUUGAAUUCAUUCUGACUGUGAUUGCAGCAGGUGUAUCCUAUGGCUUUGACUUCGAAAGCAAAUUUAAUGUGACGGUGGUUGGGGAAAUGGAAACCACAUUUCAGCCCCCUAUUACACCUGACAUGCAGAUUUUCAGAGAGAUCAUCGCAGAUAGCAUCAGCAUUGCGAUCGUUGGUUUCACUGUGGCCUUUUCAGUCGCCAGUGUCUAUUCCCUCAAAUACGAUUAUACAAUUGAUGGCAAUCAGGAGUUAAUAGCUUUGGGAUUGUGUAACAUAUUCACUGGAUCAUUUCAAGGAUUUGCCUCGAGUACCGCCAUCUCCAGAUCGGCGAUUCAGGAGAGUACUGGAGGCAAAACACAGAUUGCUGGGAUUCUCUCUGCCAUCAUUGUGCUGAUUGUCAUUUUAUCCAUCGGAUUUCUUCUAGAGCCGCUACAAAAGUCUGUCCUGGCAGCUUUAGCACUUGGAAACUUAAAGGGAAUGCUGAUGCAGUUCACGGAAAUACGAAGGUUGUGGAGAAAGGAUAAGUAUGAUUGUGUAAUUUGGAUCAUGACCUUCAUCUUUGUCAUUGUCCUGGGACUCGGUUUAGGCUUGGCAGCUAGCGUGGCAUUUCAGCUCCUGACCAUUGUGUUUAGGACCCAAUUUCCAAAGUGCAGCACACUGGCUAAUGUUGGAAGGAGCAACAUCUAUAAGAAUAAAAAAGAUUACUCUGAUAUGUAUGAAAUGGAAGGAGUGAAAAUUUUCAGAUGUCCAUCUCCUAUUUACUUUGCAAACAUUAAUUUCUUUAAACAGAAACUUAUUGAUGCUGUCGGCUUUUGUCCACUUCGAAUUCUACGCAAGCGCAACAAAGCUGUGAAGAAAAUCCGAAAACUACAGAAGGCAGGCCUGCUACUAGUGACACCAAAAGGAGUUAUAUGUACCGAUAAUGGCUUGAAAGAUUCCGAUGAAGAGCUGGACAACAAUCAAAUAGAAGAGCUGGAUCAGCCAGUUGAUACAGCGGACCUGCCCUUCCAGAUAGACUGGAAUGCUGAUCUUCCUCUCACCGUUGCGGUCCCUAAAAUUAGCCUGCAUAGCCUUAUUCUUGAUUUCUCAGCAGUGUCGUUUCUUGACAUUUCUUCAAUGAGGGGUCUCAAAACGAUUUUGAAAGAAUUUAUCAGGAUCAAGGUAGACGUGUAUAUUGUUGGAACUGAUGAUGAUUUCAUUGAGAAGCUGACACAGUGUGAAUUUUUUGAUGAUGAAGUCAAGGACUCGAUAUUUUUCUUAACAAUCCAUGAUGCUGUUUUGCAUGUUUUGAUGAAAAAGGAUUAUAGUACUUCAAAGUUUAAUUCCAGUCAGGUAAAAGAAAUGAAGUUUGAUUUUACCCCAGAUACAAAUGGAGGAUUACGUAAUAGGGAAUGUAAGGUACCAGUAGAAACAAAAUUCUGAUCAAAAUAUAAAUCAGAGGGGUCCUCAUCUGACUGUCACAUACAGAACAACUUUAUACCCAGGAAGUUAUUGAUAUCAUACUUUGUAUGAAGAUUUUUAUUUGACAGGAUUAUGUUUCAAACUUUGGAAUGAGAUUGUUCUAACAUGGUAUAUUUUUCACAUAUAUAGUAUAAAAUUAUGGAAAUACUCUUAAUUUUAUAACUUGUAGAUUUAUCAAAGGAAGAAUUUUUUAUAUGUAUUUUUAUAGCACAAGUUUCCAUCCAAGUCACUUCCUUUGUGCAUGUUUUACAGUAUAUUUUCACCAUUGCUUUGAAUCUUGUAAUUUAUACUGCUCAUACUAAUAUAUCUCCACUUUUAAAAAAAAUUCAGUUGUACAGUAGAUAUGUCUUGUUUUGGUAAAUUUCUUGUUUCCUUUCUGAAACGUGCUUGCUGCGAGUCCCCCUUAUAGUGUUCUGGCUGAAAAUGUGCUACAUGAGAAGCUGCUAACCCCUCUGCAAUGAGACUGCUUUGCCCAGAUUGUAUGAUUUUCACUAUAGCUUUUUGUAAUACCCAGCAUCCUAUCCAGAUUUCAACACAAUCCUUCUACAGCUAGCUUUUGAAUCAAAUCCUCAUUUGUUUCCACCUCUUGGUAUGAAAAUUGCAUAAGCUGAUGGAAGAUAUAAACUGAAAAGGUAAGAAGGUGAAAAGAAAAGAGAAAACAUGAUGGGUAACCGGUACUU